UCUCCCACUCGCGGACGCUCCUCGUGGACACUUCUGUCCGUCACGGCCCCGCCCCCACCCACUCCCAAGGGUCACGCAUCCCCGCUGGGGGGGCGUUGCGCGCUCCCGCUCCCGCUCGGUGGUGGCCGCGCGCGUCGUGGGUCCGGAGCGAGACGCGCGUCCACGCACAGUGGAUCCACACACAGAUCGAACCGGAUCGCGUGUUUUGCUCGGCGUGUUUUUUUUGGUACUGUUCGUGCGUGUAAACCCCCACGCCGCACCGAGCAUGUUCCCAUCCCCGCCUUUGUCUCACGCGUGACCAACUUUGGCCUUAAACACGCGUGGACGCUGCCUUUAUUUCAACUUUUUAUUUGCUCGUUUUAAUUCUUGGCUGUUUUUACGCCGCCGAGCAGGGAUGUCUUCUUCUCGCGUGGAUUACAUCGCGCCGUGGUGGACUUACUGGCUGCACAAUUUCCCCCACGUCAACCUGAGGUUGCAGCCCGUGGACAACGUCUUCCGGCCCGGGGACGACAACUACCAGCAGUCGCUCCUGUUCUUGGGCUGCGCGGCGGCGGCGGCCCUCGGCCUCAACCUCCUGUGCCUGGCCGUCUACCUCGGCUGCCUCUGCUGCCGCCGCAAGGACGAGGACGAGGAGGAGGACAGCAAGAAGCCGACGUCCUGCUGCGUCACCUGGUCCGCCGUCACCGCCGGCCUCGUCACGUGCGUCGCAGUUGGUGUGGGUUUCUACGGCAACAGCGAGACCAACGACGGCGUGUACCAGCUGACCUACUCCCUGUACAACGCCAACAACACGCUGGGCGGCGUGGACAGCCUGCUGCAGGUGACCACCACCAUGGGCAGCAUGAAGAGUGGCCUGCACCAGCACCUGGCCAGGCUGGACGAGAUCUUCGCCACGCGCGGCGACUACGUGCAGACCCUGCAGUUCAUGCAGCAGAUGGCCGACAACGUCAUCAAGCAGCUGGUGGGUCUGCCCGACUGGGCGGAGGCCGACGUGGACCUGGCGUCCGUCGCCAACCUCACGGCGAGCGUGGAGUACUACAGGUGGCUGGCCUACCUGCUGCUCCUCAUCCUGGACCUGGUCAUCUGCCUUCUGGCCUGUCUGGGACUCGCCAAGCAAUCUCGCUGGCUCCUCACCACGAUGAUGCUGUGCGGGGUGCUGACUCUCAUCCUCAGCUGGGCGUCGCUCGGAGCUGAACUGGCCGCCGCCGUGGGCGCGAGUGACUUCUGCGUGGCGCCCGACAAGUACAUCAUGAGCCAGAUCACGGGCGUGGUCGGCGCAGAUAUCGUCCAUUACUACGUCUACUGCAACCAGACGCUGUCCAACCCCUACCAGCAGCCUCUGACCCUGUUCCAGCGCUCCCUGACCACCAUGCAGAUCCAGAUCCAAGGUCUGCUGCAGUUCGCCGUGCCGCUCUUCCCUACAGCCGAGCGAGACCUGCGGGGCAUCCAGCACCUGCUCAACACGUCCGAGGCCAGCCUGCACCAGCUGACCGCCCUGCUGGACUGCCGGGGUCUGAACAAGGACUACUUGGACGCCAUGGUGGGCGUGUGUUACGACGGCGUGGAAGGCGUGCUCUACCUGUGCCUCUUCUCCGUGUUGGCGGCGUGCGCCUUCACCAUCAUGCUGUGUGCCGUCCCCAAAGCCUGGCGACACAUGGCUGGCAGGGACCAGGACUACAACGACAUGGACGAGGAGGACCCCUUCAACCCCCGCCGGAACCGAAUGAACUCCCAGAACCAGAACCAGAACCAGAACCAGGCCCACAUGCACAGCUUCUGCAGCUACAGCAGCAGCAUGGGCAGCCAGAACAGCCUCCAGCCGCCGGCGCCCCCGCCCCUCUCCAACCCCCCCAUGGGCGACUACAUGAACCAGACCGCUCUGUUCGGGGGCAACCCUCGCUACGAGAACGUGCCGCUGAUUGGACGAGGCUCGCCUCCGCCCUCGAUAUACUCUCAGCAGUAUAGAGGCAGAUAUUCCCCCAGCAUGAGGGCCACCUACCUGUCCAUGACCGAGGAACAAAGUCGGCACUUCGGGAACGACUUUCAAGCAUAGACUUUCUUUAUUUUUUUAUGCGUGUGUGUAGUGUUUUGUUUAUUUUCUUCAGGGAUGUUGUCGAGCAAGGGCGACACAGCCGGGGAUUGGACGCACAUUGAUCACAUGAAGUUUUAAAGUCAGGUAAGGUAAAGCAGGUUUAUCCCCUCUACGGGAGCCCAGAGGGUUGAAACAAAAAAAAAAAAAGUGAUUAUUACUCAAAAGCGAACAAGAAAACAAAAAAAUAUAUCUAUUUUUUUGCACUUUGUGAACAUUCUGUCCAUUUUUGGACUGCUUAUGUGAGCAUGAAUAGUUUAUUUCCAGUGACACUGUGCUGUAAUUUAUUUGUAUUUUUCAAAAGUCCACGGCGUGAAUAAUUUGUACAGUAACUGCUCAAGUCCUAUUUUUAUAUAUAUAUAUUUUUCUUUGAAUUGUGUCCGACAACAACGUGCCAUUUUUUUUUUUUUCCAUGCCUCCAAUGUCAUUUUCUUUGCAUAUAAACUAAUUCUAACUGAGAAGCUGUGCUGCUGAUAUUCAGGUAACAACGUUAUAGUUAGAAUAAUAAUAAUUAUUAAUAAUAAUAAAUGCAGUUUUUGUGUGUUUGAGCAUGUCACCGUGUGUUCGGGCUUCAUUCUGUGUGCGACCUUUUUGGGUCCACUUGUGAGUGGAAUAAAUUAAUU